CUCACCUUAUACAGUAGCAGACGCCGACUUACUGACAGUACCGGUUCCUACACGCUGACGCGCUACUCUUUUAAAAUCCGGCUGGCGCUCAUCUUGUCUUCGCCCCAGUGUGGGCUUAGGAACACUGGCGCUCAAACACCACUCUCUUGCAGAACAGCUAAGGGCACUUGACGCUCAGCUUGCUGCGGAGAGUUCCGGCAGCGACUGGGAGGGCGACAUGGGCCAUGAGCAUAGUAAAUAUGGAGAAAGAGACCAUGGGCAUGUUCCAUAUAUCGCUCAAAAGACGCAAGUCGGGCGUGCCAAGGCUAUUACAGGCAACAAAGCGGGCGCUACCAAGCUCGACAUCAAGUUACCGCCGAAGGCGACGCGUACAGAAGCUAGCGAUUAUGAAUUCAUUAAGAGCUCGCUUAUCAACCUUCUGCUUUUCAGCCGCUUGGAUCGGGUUACAGCUCAACGUAUUGUCUCGGAAAUGUAUAUGCUCCCAGUACUGGCCGGUGAAAUCCUAAUCCAGCAAGGCGACACAGGGGAUGCUGCGACAAAACUCUUCGUGGUCCGCAGCGGCAAGUUCGAAGUCCUUGAGCGGCGGAAGGAUGUCAUGUUCAAGGUCAACACCAAGGAACGUGGCGAUGUCUUCGGCGAAAUCAGCCUCAUGUACGACUGCCCUCGGUCAGCAACCGUCGCAGCCACAACGGACGCAAGCGUAUGGGUCCUCGAACGUGACGUCUUCAGGCACUUUGUCCAGGCGAGUGUGGAGGACGAGAAGAGCCAGGUCCAGAUCUUCCUCAACUCGGUGCCGCUGCUGGCGUCGCUGCGGCCCGAGGAGAAGAUGAAGCUGGUGGACGCGUUCCAGGAGGAGGUCUACGCAGCCGGCGCCCGUGUCAUCUGCGAGGGCGACCUGGGUGACAAGUUCUACCUGAUCAAGGAGGGCGAGGCGCGGGUGCUGCAGGGCGACAAGGAGGUCAACCGGCUGUUCAGGAGCGACUUCUUCGGGGAGCAGGCGCUGCUGCAAGACGAGCCGCGUCGUGCCACCGUGAACGCGCUCACCUCGCUCACCUGCCUCACGCUGGACCGGCGCACCUUCGUGGCGGUGCUGGGGCCGCUGCAGGACAUCAUGAAGAAGGAGAAGAGCGCGGAGGUGGUGAACCAGCGCAUGGCCAAACUGAGGCCCCAGGGCAGUGCGGCGCUCCGGCGACCCACCGCUGAGGUGCUCAUCAAGAACUACGGGGGGCACGUAGCGGCAACAGCAGCAGCAGCAGCGGGGCCAGCAGGGGUGGCAGCAGCAGCGGGGGCGGCGUCUGCUGGCUCGGGCAAGUCGCGCCAGGUGAUGUGCGACGGGCAUCUGGACGAGGUGUUGGAGCUGCUGAAGGGAGGGCAGAAGAUGCAGGAUGAGCACCGGGACCACAGCCGGCGGCUGGUGCUGGUGGAGGGGGAGCUGCUGGGAGAGGGGGCGUUCAGCCGCGUGUGCAAGGUUACAGAGGAGUCCACGGGUCGUGUGUUCGCGCUGAAGCGCAUGGCCAAGUCCGCGGCGCUGCAGUGCCCCGACCACGUGUUCUGCGAGCAGCACAUCACCCGCAACAUCGCACACCCCUUCUGUCUGCGGCAGUACGCGUCCUUCCAGGACCGGUACAGCCUGUACAUGUUGUUCGACCUGAUGCCGGGCGGCGACCUCAUGGACGUGCUGGUGGCGGAGGCCAAGGUUAUCAAGUACCCGGUCCCCGACAAGAACUCGCUGCGGAAGGGCUGUCUGGCGCCCAAAAUGAAGAUGUGGCAGGGUCUGGAGGAGUCCAUGUCUCGCUUCUACAUCGCCUCCAUCGUGCUGGCGCUGGAGUAUCUGCACGACAACAGCAUCGCAUUCCGCGACCUCAAGCCGGAGAACGUGCUCAUUGAUGCGCAGGGCUACGUGAAGCUGGGUGACUUUGGAUUCGCCAAGAUGGUGGAGACGGGCGGGCGCACCUACACCUUCUGCGGCACGCCGGGAUACGUGGCGCCGGAGAACGUGAUGGGGCGGGGAUACAACCACUCGGUGGACUGGUGGACCCUGGGCGUGCUGAUGUACGUGCUGCUGACGGCGCGCCAGCCCUUCACCAGCCCCAAGACGCAGGACCCCAUGGAGGUGAUGCGGCGCAUCGUGGACGAGCGCUGGCCCAUCAAGUACCCGCCCUACAUGAGCGAGGAGGCGACGGACCUGAUCAGCAAGCUGCUGGAGAGGAAGCCGGUGAAGCGGAUUGGCAUGCUGCAGGGCAAGGCUCGCGACAUCAAGCAGCACCCCUGGUUCGCCGGGUUCGACUGGGAGGGGCUGGCCGCACGCCGCAUCGACCCGCCCCGCAAGCCCAAGGAGAGCGACAGCGCCAAGCGCAAGAGCGAGCUGGCGGAGGCGCACCGGGGGGAGCCCAAGGAGCCGCCGCCGGCCACCGCGCAGGAGAUGGCGGAGUGGGACCGCAUGUUCCGGGACUUUUAAAGAGUAGAAAGGGGAGGGAAGGAGGAUGGAAUUUGCUUGAUAGAAGUGGAACGGGGGAGGGAGGAGGGAAGGGAGAGGUGGAAGAGCAGGAGGUGGUGGUGGCUGUGAGCUUGACCCACGGUGUGUGGCUUUACUUAUGUGUGUGUGUGCAUCGGUUGUCGGCUGCACACGUUUAUGCAUGAGCGGUGCCGUAUUGAGCAUUUUGCUUUUCGGGUAAUGGGGGCGGGAAAAGAAUGGGAAAGGAAGGGAAGAGGAGGAGGUGGAUAGUUAGGGUAACUGUCUUGGGGUUUUGUUUGUAGGUUGUGCUUAUCUGGAAACGUUUGACCGAUCAACUACGUAGCGUCACACACGACUACACGACUCGUAUCGCGCGUCACACACAGAUGGUUUCCUGGCAAGCGCCAAUCUGCAUGUAUGGGCAACCCCUUGCGUUAAGCCACGUUGGGCCAUGUUACUAACCCAUUUGCGUUGCUGGGACCUUUGACCUGGACGACGACAUGUGUUUAUCAUGUUUCCAUUUCUCGCGGUUCCCGCGUUUGUGUUGUGAGUUGUCAGCUAUUGAGUCUUUGAAGGUGAGGUCUUUCGGUCUAUCUUGAGGGCGCCAGCAGCCCCUCUCAUUGCGGUGGCUGGUGGAAGGAAGAUUGUCAUGAAGUUCCCUACUUGUUAUAGAGGAAGAAGAACGAAAUAUACAAGCAAUAUAUCAAAACCACUCAUGCCUUACAUUCGGCGUUUCGCGUUUUUCUGCGCCUCCGUGAUGAAUAAGUCGUGUUGCAAUGAACCGGAUGUCGCGGGCCGCAAGGGGAAGAUGCGGGUGUGUGUGUGGGUUUAAGGAGGGCAGGGGGUGGGAGAUUGCGGGUGUUUAGAAAACUGGCCACACGCAUGGCACUCUUCCUCCUCCUGUGUUCGUUUGAAGAUUUUGCUGAUGAGAGCUCGGUAAUGCUGUUGUGGGAGGAGGGGAGCAAGUGCAGGUUCUGACAUGUCAGGUGGAGGAGCAGGUUUUGACAGGUUGCGCACUUUGACAGGGAGGAGUAUCUGCCUGGUCGGACGCAAGUAUGUUAAUCGUGAUUGGUGUAAAGAAAGCUUGGGUGGAGUUUUGUUACCGGUAGCUGCUCCUAGGCUCGGAGAAUAAACCACCUUUUGCUCCGGCCGAGGCUUUUGUAUGUGCUGCUGCUGCUUGGGCGGUGGCGGCGGUGAUACACCGAUAUAUAUGUGCGGGCUUCCUUGUUGUAUCACACGUGUGUGACGUUCGUUUCGCUGCGAACCGUUGGUAGUUCGUUGCGAAUGUCGUGCCGUGGAUUGUAUAACUGACUCUUCUUCUGAGAGUGACUUGACAGCAUGGAUAUUAAAGGCGUUGCCAAAGCCGCCGCAUAUGCGGCGUUUGGGUUACUACUAGAGAGGGUUGACGCAACUGCUAUUAUCAACAGCGCUACUAGGAGAAUAAAAAAGUAUGCAAACGCGCAGAAGUGCACGAACGGAUGAGGGCUGUGCGGAUGGGUUGGGUGUUGGGCGGGUGGUUGGCUGACGCACAUGGCAACCUUGGUCUUUGGUGUGAUG